AUUUUGACGAAAGUGCAGUGAUGUUUGGUAAAACAUAUAAACACUAAAAGCUACUGCUGGAGUAGCGUUACCUCUUUCGCGUUUUUUAACAGAUAAUUGAUUAAAUAUUGUAAAAUGUGGGGCGAGUAAAAUAAAAUUGUGAUUUGUAGGAAUAUUCUUGAACCGGUUUAACUGCAUAGGUUUUAUGUUUUUGCUAAGUAAAGCUAAACUAUGCUAAGCUAAUGUUUCUUCCUCAGGAGAGAUGGAUUCAGCUUCAGCUGUACAUAAAGAUGGUAUCAUGACUGAAGCCAAUAUCCUAAAUCUGACCUCCACCUCUCAUAAUACGGAUAAGGCAUGUGGGAUGCUCACAAAAGAUGCAGAAGAGGAGGAGAAUGAGAAAGAAGCUGUCCCCAAACCCAUGAGACCAGCAUUAAACCAUUGUAUGCAGGAAAAACCAGUGUUUCCUGGCAAAACCGUCGAUCCCAGUCACUGCAUCGCCUUAGACCUGAGAGGUGAAGACAGAGUCCCUUAUACUAUCAACAGAUACUUAAGGGAUUACCAGAGGGAAGGCAUCAGAUUCAUUUACAAUAACUACAUCCAUUCUACUGGUUGUAUCCUGGGAGAUGACAUGGGUCUUGGAAAAACCGUUCAGAUAAUUGGUUUUCUUGCUGCUGUGCUGCACAAAACGGGUACAUGGACGGAUGUAGAGAACAACCGGCCUCAGUUUCUGCAAUCUCAGAUGUCCUCCAAGCAAAGCAAUCCCUGCAAAGUGUUCCUCAUUGUGGCUCCACUGUCGGUGCUUUAUAACUGGAAAGACGAGCUGGACACGUGGGGUUACUUUCAGUCUGUGGUGGUCCACGGACUGAGGAAGGAGGAGGAGCUGGCUCGCAUCAGGAAGGGUCGCAUCGAAGUCGCUCUCACCACCUAUGAGACUCUUCGGCUUUGUUUGGAUCAAUUCAAUACAAUAGACUGGUCAGCCGUGGUUGUUGAUGAGGUGCACAAGAUAAAAAACCCAAACUCUCAGAUCACUCAGGCCAUGAAGGAGCUGAGAUGUAAGAUCCGAUUUGGUCUCACUGGCACAAUCUUACAGAACAACCUUGAAGAGUUGUGGUGCGUCAUGGAUUGGGCCGCACCAGGUUGUCUCGGCAGCCUGGGGUACUUCAAGAAUAAUUUCUCAGAUCCCAUUGAACAAGGACAGAGACACAGUGCUACAAAACGCGCCCUGGCCACAGGAAGGAGGACCGCCCAAGCCCUGGUGAAGAAGAUUUGUCCUUUGUUCUUGAGGAGAACUAAAGCGCUCAUCAAAGAACAGCUGCCAAAGAAGGAUGACAGGGUGGCGUACUGCUCUUUGACAGAUUUUCAGCAGACCGUGUAUCAGGCUGUGCUGGACUCUGAGGAUGUGACGUUACUGCUCAGAUCGUCAGAAAAAUGUGAUUGUCUCAGCGGACGCACUCGCGGAAACUGCUGCUAUAAAAAAAACUCUAAAGGUGUUUGCAUGAAGGAGAUUUACUUUAGUUAUCUGGCCAUAUUGAGGAAGGUUUCCAACCACGCAGCUCUUCUUCAACCAACUCCAGGCACCAGCAAGAAACAGGAAAAGUAUUUGAGUUCCAUUUGUGCAACGGUUUUCCACAAGUUUCCAGAAUUUGUGCAGAGAUGCAAAACUGAAGCAUUUGAAGCCCUUUCAGACCCGACUUACAGUGGGAAAAUGAAGGUAUUGCAGAUGCUACUCAAGUACUACCUGCAAAAGAGAGACAAAGUACUCAUCUUUUCCCUUUCAACCAAGCUGUUGGAUAUCCUGGAGAGCUACUGCAUGGCCGAGGGACUGGAUUUUAGCCGGUUGGAUGGGUCCACCAAGUCCAAAGAAAGAGUCCAGAUCGUCAAAGAGUUCAACAGCUCUUCUCACGUCAACCUAUGCCUGGUGUCCAUCAUGGCUGGUGGUCUUGGCCUUAACUUUGUUGGUGCGAACGUGGUGGUGCUGUUUGACCCCACCUGGAAUCCAGCCAAUGAUCUUCAGGCGAUUGAUAGGGCGUAUCGUAUCGGCCAGUGUAGAGACGUCACUGUUUUUCGGCUGAUUUCACUUGGAACCGUGGAGGAGGUUAUCUACCUCAGACAAAUUUACAAGCAGCAAUUGCAGAGCUCAGUUGUCGGCAAGGAGAGCGCCCGGAGGUACUUUGAGGCGGUGCAGAGGAACGACGUCUACAAAGGAGAACUGUUUGGGAUCAAAAAUCUCUUCAGGCUGCAAAUGGAAGGAACGUGUCUCACAUGCAGGAUUCUGGAGCGGGAAGGACAAGUGGAGGCCGGCGUGAUGACAACAAGAACACACAGAGGGGGCGAGAAGGUGGAGGAGACGAAGGGAGAUGGCGAACCCGGAGAUCCACUCAAAAAUGGCCCCCUGUCUAAGGAUGAAGCAGCUGAGAAGACGAGAGACACGUUAGAGAUCCCCAGUGAUCUCCUGGACUUCAGCUGUGGGAGUGGAUCAGAGGAUGAGGAGGUGCAGGGGCUAAAGAGAAACCCGGGUGGAGAUGAUGACAACAAACGUGAGGGGGCAAGUUCGUCUCCCGGUCGGAUGGGCCUCCUUCAGCUUGGCUUCUCUAAACUCCUCGAAAGGGUGAAAGAAAAACCAGACGCAAAGGAGGACAGCAGCUCUUCUGAAGAGGCUGAAGAUCAGCGUGUAGAGGGUGAUUCCACUGCCAGCUCCAAGACGUCCAGUCCAGGAAAUACUAGUGCUGUCAGUCUUCCCAAAUGCGAAACAAAAAACAAAUCCUCUGACUCCGACGGAAAACAUGAAGGUAAUGGAAACAUGUUUAACGAGGGGGAAUAUGCAGUGAGGCGGAGGCAGGGUCUGAAACGAGGGAUGGAUAAACAAACUGCAUCGGAUGACAAGAGCGAUGAAAAUUCCUCACCGGACAACAAGAAAGCUCAUAAACUCAAAACUACCGUUCCCGACGUUCACCUAUUUGACAGUUACUCCGACGAAUCAGACGAUCUAGACUUCGAAGCGAAGAUGUGUUGCGAUAAAGAUGGUUGGAAUCCAUACAAACGAGAUGGAGGACGAGGAAAGGCCGAUCACAUCACAAGAAGGCACAGUGCUGGUGUAAGGAGCAAAGCUGGAUCUAGAUACAGAGAGGACAUAGAGACAUUCACAUCUUCAGAGGACGAACAGACGACCUCCACCGGGAGACGAGCAUCUCUGAAAAGGCCGAGAUCUCCGGCGUCUACAGAAAAGAAGAAGACCAUCGACCAUGUCCUAGGGGGUCUACAGGAGGUGGUGUACACACACUCGAACCAGCGUGUUGUGGGUGGAAGCAAAGCCGAAGAGCUGAUCAGCAGAGCUGCUGUACGAGACGUGUUUGAAUGCAAAAUGUUUUCCCAGCUCCCAGCCAAUAACCUGCUCGGCACCCAGGAGAGUCUGCCGGCAAGCCCGCCUAGCAGCGAGCCUCCCUCUGCCUCCGUUCAGCAGCAGCGGCUCACCGUGGAUCAUCCGGUCAUCUUCACUGGCAAAAGUGUGCACCAGACCCAACACGCCACCGUCAUCGUCGGGGAGACUCCCAAAGCCAUACGACGGCAGCAGCUGGAACAAAUGGCCGAGAAGUUCAAAUUUGCCUCAGUCCAGUCGUUUGCCGUUGAGAUUCUGAGAGGAAACUCCUCCCACCGACUGUCCUGGCUACAGCAGUAUUACACCUCACAGAACCACGCUGAUCUGGCUAAGAUAGUCACAGCCAAGUUCCCAGAGCCUGAUUCAGCACAGUCCUCCUCUACAACUGCUACCUCGACACCAUCCACAAAACCAGCCGCCAAAAGACGACACACAACUCAGAAUCUCCCACAAAAGGAACCUUUAGGAACCACAGAAUCUGGUGAUUGCACCCGGAGGAAUCCGAAACCCAAAACUAAGACCAAAUCUCCGCAAAAUAAUGUUUCUUUGCCGCAAAUUAGACCUGGCAAACUAAAAAAUGAUGUUCUUGGACCUCCAAAAAGGCAAAAGAUGUUAGAAGAGAAUGCGCAUGAUCCUGAUGUUCCAGGGUCUGUUUCGGAGGAGCAGGAGGAGAUGGUCUGCAGAGCCAGAGGAAGCAAGAGCACAAAGAAUAGUAGCGUUGCUAGUUCUGGACCGUGCAGAGCUGGUGUUGGUCUUCAUGUAGAGCAGGCCAGCAGCAGUGGUCAAAGGUCUGAGAAGGCUGCUGCUUUCCUGAGCCGCACAGACAGAGAUACCCCUUCUUCCUCUGACCUCGGCUGUCGUAGCUCCGCCCUGUCAUCCAAACCUACUGCUCAAGAAACAGAGCAGGAAUUGCCAUCAAGGGUGAGAGAAACUUCUCCUUCUUCCUCCUCGUGUAACCAGUCCUUUCUGAUGGAUCUCCUAGGAGAUACAUCCAUUCUAGAUGACCUUUUAAAACCCAGACCCAAGAAUGUACAACGGAUAAACAUUCCUGAAGCAGCUCCCACAGCCUCAGCAAGUCACGUCACACAUCCACCCUCCAGUCAAGCGCUCAGUCCUGAUUUAAGCUCAAAUAUACGAACUACACAGUGCGUCAGUGCACAAGCAAAGGGCAGCCACCGAGACAUCUGGGACAUCCUCGACGAAGGGAAUGAGGAGAGCAUCAACAAGUUAACAGAUCCACUCGAGCUGCAGAGAGUUUGCAUCAGCACCAGCUUUGCAGCUAGAGGCUCCGCUGGCCAGAGGGAUAGCAAGAGUCUCUGGAAAACUAACGACAAGUUCCUGUGGAAGAAAUGAUCAAACAUUUUAAAAGAGAUCGUUUACGGUUUCUAAAAAGUGAAACACACCAAAUGUGAGUGUAAUAGAUGUUUUACUAACAUUCUUGCAGGUCCAAAUGACCUGUUUUUUUAUCUAAAAGUCUCUAGUUGAGAAUAUUUACCCAAAUGAUGACUACUUUACAAUUAAUAAUCUGUAUGUGGGCCUUUUUCAAGUCUACAGUCCAAUAUUCACAAAUUUUUCACAUAUGCAAAUUUAUUUUUGUUUUCCAGUAUAUAUUUUUUUAAUAAGAUCUGUUUGGGGUUAGGGAUCUGUUAACCCUAACCAUUAAGAUCUGUUUCUGGAAUUGAAGAUGCACAAAUAUUUAGUUAUAAUCAAAUCUGAUAUUAUGCUAAUAGGCAACUAUUCAUGGUGAUGUCAUCACAUUGCGUAAAAUCAUGUUUUCCAUUGCAGCUUAACAGUAAGUGUUCCAAAUGGUUGAAAUUCGCCCUCAAAUAAGACUAACCAGUUCAUGGAGGCAAAGGGUUUAGGAAAGAACCGAGACAACCAUUUAUCCAGCAACGUCUCCUCCUGUGGAAUCCCACAGCCUUCCCAGGCCAGUCAUGGUGUCCUCAUCACUGAAGAGCCCCGACCCAUCUCUUGUUCUGUCCUGCCAUUGUUCAUGAGUAAAACAGCUAGAUACUCAAACUUCUUGCUUGAGAUAGAGACUCAUUCGCAACCUGAUUCGGAAUCGUAGAGAAGAGGAGAGCUAAAGGUCAGGGCUUGGAGAUGCUAACAGCAACACAUCAUCUGCAAAACUGAGAUAGUAUGGCGCGGUAUGGGGGGCAAAAUUAAGACUACUGCCCAGCAGCAGGAGGCUAUAUAAAUUCUGAAGCAAACUACCGACCUGAUUAAUGAUAAGCUGGCGCCGGUAACUGAGAGGCUGGCGCUGCUUACUGAGGAAUAGCACCUUUACCGGCGUUACUAGAUACGCUAG